UGUAACUGAGAGACAGAAAGAAACAAAGAAGGUAUUUUAGAGGAAUGGUUGUAACUUUCCCCUUCAUCCACAGGUGUAAACGAAUGUGGAGGUGAGUAGGAAUUAUUCUCCUAGAUUUAUUUACACUUUAUUACGCUACAAUGGUUUGAUAUUAUCUGAGUUUUUCAUCACCAAGAAGUCCAAACAUUUACACUUUCUUUGUAAGUUUUCAUGUGGACCUAUUUUUCACCUCUCUUAAGUAUCUGUUGGUUUUUGUUUGGUACCUUUUAUAAAACUUUAAUAUGCUUGUUUAUAUUCAGCUCAUAAUGUUUUGAAAGGAGGGUUGUUGUUGUUUCCUGCUGACUAUCAUUUCAGAGCAGCUUGUAUACGUCAAACAGGUAUAAUUAAUUCAUGAAGCAGUUUUAUCUCAUGCAUGCUUAAAGACUCAGUUAUUAUUAUCACUCCAGAUCGCUGCUUGUUUAAAGUCAGAAGGGAAAGAUUUUGAACGAUUGAAGAUAAUGUCUCCAUUUACUACCAAUCUCACAUGUAAUAUUACAUUUAAAGACCAACUUUCCCAAUCAUUACCAGGUACACAUGGGACUAUACAUAACCCCAACAGUGAUCCAAAGUACUUUUACAACAUAAGGUUAGAAAAAUCAGAAGUAUCUUAUUCUGUUUGAACCUACAGGUUUAAGAUCUGGUCACUAAAAAUGACUAACUGCUUGUCUAUUUGUUUUUAAGCUCUAAAUGUUUAAUAUCCAUAUAAAGACAUUUUCAGUCAACAUCCCACUCUGAUAUGUGACCAUGUGUGCAGAUGACUCUCGAGGGGGAAAGCAGUCUCACCAGCUCCAUGUCAUGGAUUUACUUGCUCAUGUCUGGGCUCAAGUGCAGACACGGUGCUGUGUUUAACUCAUCGUAUAAGGUGGGGCAAAGGGGCAUGACUAAGUUUACUCCUAUGACUCUAUGUAAGAGUGGGAUUUUAUUGAAAGAGAAAUACUGAUCAUUCAAUCAUUAGACAUGGCUGCAUGGUCUCAAUGCCCCUAUUUUGGUCCUGUGUUAGAUACAGACCUCAUUCCUUGGAAAGGCCCCUGUAGACACAGAAGGAUUGUGGCUGCAGUUACUUAAUAGUUUGUAUUUAGAGAUUGAACAGUGAUGAACUUGUCUCAAACUCAUGCAGGUAUCAAUGAAAGAUGUGCUUUGAACAUUGCAAAUAAUGUUCUUUACAACUUCCUCUUUCUAUCGAAUUUUGGCAGGUUCACUCUGGGGUAAAUAGAACAAAGUAAUUAUCUGAAAGCACCAAAAAAGAUGGAUGGACUCCAAGACAGAGCUCCCCCUACCACUCGCUGUUAUCUUCCUGGCUUCUCUCACACAUUCCCAGACAUUAUUGCUUCACUAAACAUGUGUAGUUACCCAAGAGUCGGUAUGUGGUUGGACCACAAGAGCAGGCCAAGACAUGUUUGUUUCAGGGACACUGUAGGGAACAACUUUCUCAUUUAGUUUUAUACUGUAUACAGAAUAACCCUAGAGUGUUUGACAAUAUGUGUGCAGACCAGCUCUUGAGCUUAACUCAGUGGUUCUCAAUCCAGUCCUCAGCCCCCCUCCCCCUGCAUGUUUUGGAUGUUUCCCUGCUCCAACACACCUGAUUCAAAUGAUCAGCUCGUUAUCAAGCUCUGUAAUGGCUUAAUAACGAACUGAUCAUUUGAAUCAGGUGUGUUGGAGCAGGGAAACAUCCAAAGCAUGCAGGACAAGGGGGGGCUCGAGGACUGGAUUGAGAACCACUGGCUUAACUGUAUGUGUAGCCUAAGGGCGCUCAUGAAAUUACUAUAAUGUGUCAUCCUGUGACUUGAAAUGUUGCUAAGUAGGAGUUGAAAAUGUGACAUGAUGCCAUGUUUUUGUCGUUUAAGCUAACAGAGCAGAAAAUCUGAAACCGUUUGUUACAAAACACCCACAGAUUUUUUUACUGCCCUGAAGAAGAUUUAUCACCAGAAACCGUGUCAGGCAUGUUUAUUUAAUUGUAACCAUUAUCAUCGCUACUUCAUUUUACGAGGUUAUCAAAUGAAGCUAAAAGAUAACAAGCCAGACAAUUAUGAUGCUCAUUUCCUUUAAUCACUAUGUGAGUAAUUUACCUUGUCAACUGUCUACAAGAAAGGGCAAGUCUACUCAUCAUAUUAUCAUCAUCAUCAUCAGCAGCAGCAGCAGCAGCACUGUAUCGUCACGUUGUUCUCAGACUUUUGAAUGAAAAAACAAGAAUAGAAAAACAUCACCUUAGGCAAGGAUUAAUAUUUUUAUAGCUUUAAAAACCAGCAGAAUAAAAAGCCUGUUGUGUGCAUUAGCACCAUCCCAGCAUGGACCAAAUGAUGUGUAAAUAUUGCCUCCAUAUUUUAAAAGUGCAAACAAUGCAAAAUGUCUUCAACUGCAUUUUUAAUGUGACACCAGAAGUACAAAAAUAAUAAAGUAGUGAAGAAAAAGACUAAAAGUACUGAAACUAUGAACUAAAGUGGAGUUAAGGAGAGCCUUUAGCCUCCUAACAAGGCGAUCAGUGUCAGUAGUGUCCCUAUCUAUCAAAAACCUCAAUAUCUUCAAACCCAGAGGUGAGAAUAUUGGAUCAAAACUUAACUCUACGGACCAGCUGGUCCAUUCAUUCUGAAUCAAUAAAAGUUAGAAUUAACAACAACAUUCAAAACUGUUAAGUACAAUACUGUCUUGCUUGAAAGGGAAAGGGGUCUUUGAGAUCAACUUUAAAACUACAAAGGGCCAUACACUCAUACUCUGGUUGUCUGUGACCCUUCUUACCGAGAUAAUGUCUUUUCAGAUAAAGACAUUGACCAUGGGUAGACAGGAUGCCUUCAGUGUUGCACCUGUUCUUGUAAUGCAAAUUUCUGCCGCACAGAAAAUCUAAAUAUCUCUAUAAAGUUUCUCUUCUCCAUGGUUGGCAUUAGAUAAAGACAUUAAGUCAUUGUGAGGUCAGGUUAUAUGAAAAAGACAGCAUAAAAAAAAAAUAACUUAGUUAUUUAGUAAACGAUUAAGACGAGUCCAGCUCUCCAACUAAUUUUAAUAUUACUGACAUUCACCCCCUGUACAUUUUUCAGGCAAAAGUUGUUUAUUGUACUCGCUGUAAACAUGUUUAGUUUCGCUGCAGAGAUGGGCUUUUGAGAAUGGCUGUGUAUGUCGUUUUCUGGGCUCUUGAAGGCAGCCUCAAGUGGAGGCUGGGGGAACUGCAGUUUUUAGCAAUGGGCAUAAUUUCUCAGAACAGGAGGUUGCCACUUGUUUGAAACAUAUGAGACAGUAACUCUGUUAAUGCCUUCUUCUGAGAUAAUCUAUUACCUCUAAACCAUCAUGAAGGCAAAAGUCGACAACCGAGUAACUACUUCUGUCUGCACCUAAAUUAUGACCUAAGCUUUUAAAGGCGCUUUACAAAGUUUUUCAAUCUUUUUUAUUUUCAGAGCACCAUGUCAAACAUGACCUCCAUCACAGAUGUGUCCCGAGGACAGCAGUUCUGCCCGCUCCUGCAGGCCAUGAAGGAACACAACCUCAAUAACAACACAAAGGCAAAUAUGGUGGUAGUGUGCAUCCAUGGUCUUGUCUCUUGCCUGGGUAUUUUGGAGAACGCCCUGAUCCUCUGGGUGGUGGGAUUCCGUCUGCAGCGCCGCACCGUGGCCUCAGUCUGGGUGCUUAACCUGGCCAUGUCUGACUUCCUGGCGACACUUACCCUGCCCCUCUUCACCUUAUACCUUAGCUCCCCACAUAGCUGGGAGCUUGGCAGCAUACUCUGCAAAACACAGGCCUCCAUCUUCUUCCUGAACAUGUUUGUGUCAGCAUUCCUGCUGGCAGCCAUUUCUCUUGACCGCUGCCUCCUGGUGGCCAAGCCAGUGUGGAGCCAGAAUCAUCGGUCCGUGGCAGGAGCAUGGAAGGUGUGUGCUCUGGGUUGGCUGUGGGCAGUGUUCAAUACAUUCCCUUAUCUCCUAUUCCGCUCAGUGAUUGAGAAACAGGAUGGGAGGAAACUGUGCUAUCAUAAUUUCGCUUUAUUCUCUGGAGCCAAUCUGGAGAGAAACUGUGAAGUGAGACAAGCAGCAACUGCUAUCUCCAAGCUGCUGAUUGCCUUCCUGGUCCCCCUGGCGGUGAUAGCAGGCAGCUAUAUCCAAAUAGGUCUUAACUUGAGGAAAAGAAGAAGGAGGAGGAAACAAAGUACCAGUAGGCUGACCGAUGCCCUGGUUGUUUCAAACAAAAACGGGGCACCAGGAACUACAAGUACACCUACAUCCACAAAAACCACAAAUAUGUUUCUCAAGCCUCCAUCCUCGGGUCCAUCUUUAGCCCUGACACCAACUGCCUUGUCUCCUUCUCCCAGUGCUGGACAGUUGUCCCAGAGCUUCACCAGGAUGGUGACAUUUGUAAUAACAGCAUUUGUUCUGUGCUGGGCCCCCUACCACAUCUUCUGCAUGAUUGAAGUGUCAGCCCAGUACUGGCAAAAUAAUCUUUACCUGGUAGAGGUGGGGCUGCCUUUAGCGACAACCUUUGCUUUCCUAAACCCUGUGUUGAACCCCAUUCUCUACGCCUUCAGCUGUCCAAACUUCUGUGUGCGAAUCCGACAGAGUCUGGGGACAGUGUUUGAUGGCCUGGUGGAGGAAAGAGGGGGUUUGCUGUUGGCACCAGGAAAAAGUUUAAGAGCUCAUAUCAGACGGAAGAGCAGUCGAGAUGUGAGCUUAGGAGCUCCAGGAUCACCAAGAGGUUCGUGUUCACCGCGUCCUUCAGCUGACUUCAAACCCUCCUUCCCACCACCUUCACCUGCUUUGAGUCUCAAGGACAGAGCCAUGGAGAGACAAGAAUCAAAUGAUGAAGUAGAAGAUGGCUGA